AUGGGCCCCUGUACCGCCUCCUCAUGCUGCUGCCAGGCCUGUAAUCUGCCAUGGGCCCCCGUACCGACUCCUCAUGCUGCUGCCAGGCCCGUAAUCUGUCAUGGGCCCCUGUACCGCCUCCUCAUGCUGCUGCCAGGUCCAGAGUGUGUCAUGGGUCCCUGUACGGCCUCCCAUUGCUGCUGUCUCCAUCGCCACACUCUGCCAUGUGCCACUUUCAGGUCUCCUCACACUGCUGGUGGGUUCCAUUUUGUCAUAGGGCUGCUGUAUGGCCUCCCAUUGCUGCUGCCUCCACCGCCACACUGUGGCUCCACACUCUGGUUUUGGCCCCGUGACUGCCCAAAUGAGUGAAGUGUGCGGUGAUUCUAAGAUCGACGGCACUCAUCUGCAUGUCAUACUGACUGACAGUAUUAUUUCUCUUCCCCAGCAGACUCCAAGGGCAUUUAAAUUAAAGGUACAGUGUUCUGCACUAAUAUAA